GAAUGGUCGUCCGAGCGAUGGCCAGAGCUGGCGGAGGUCACAUCGCCAGAGGGUGGCGGGGCAAAAAUCCUGUCGCCGGAGAGCCAAGGGAGGCCGCUCCGCCCAGCCCCGGCGGCCUAUCCGCGCGGCAUGGCCCCCGCGGAGCGCCGCCGCGCGGCCACCGCAGCGGGCGCGGGCCGCGCGGGCGACGUGCAGGCGAAGCUGCGCGCGAGGCAGCGCGCGAGCGGGCCGCCUUGGCGGUUCCUCGCUGGAGGCGCGGGCGCCGCGGCCGCUCUGGUCGCGCUGUGGCAGUCCGCGGCGGGGCCGCUGCUGGGCGGCAUCUCGGACGGCGUGGGCAGCGCGGAGGCCCAGCGGCUGCUCGCGGAGGCCGACGCCGCCAUCCGCAAGGGCUACGACUACCCGAAGGCCCUGGGUCUGCUGGAGCGCGCGGUGCCGCUGGCGCCCAGGAGACCCGCGGAGGUGCUCCAGUUCUACGCCUCCGUGCUGCUCUCGCUGGGGCGCGCGGAGGAGGCCUGGGCCCAGCUGGGGGCCGUGUUCCGCUCCCGCUCGGCGGUGAGGAGGGACCCCACCCGAACUUCCUCCAGCAGUACGUGCUGACCCUUCACAGGCUCGGGAAGCAGGAGGAGCUCUCCGCGGUGUGGCCAGCAAUCAUGAGCACGCCGGGCAUCCAGUGGCGCUCGCCGCUGCAGUGCCCCGACCUGGUCGACGAGGGCCUGCUGGAGGGCGCGGAGCCGUUCCCGCGCCCAGAGGGCCAGCGCGUGCCAGAGCUGCUCGAGAGGCACAAGGCCGCCAUCGUCCGGGAGUUCGAGCAGUUCUGGAAGGAGCCCUCCAGCAUGGACUAUUUCAGUCCGAACCAGGACAACGACCUGGUCGCCGGGGACAGGCCCCGACAGUGGACGGAGAUGCUGAUCUUCGACAAGGGCCAGUGGGAUGCAAAGGCGUGCGGCCACCUGCCCACUGUCUGCGGCAUCCUCAGGGGCCUGAUUGACGUGGAGGGCAUCGUGCACGGCAAGCGCAGCGGACAGGUCAGCCUGCUGAAGCUCGAGGCUGGUGCCACGCUGGUGCCGCACUUCGGCAGCGUCAACUGGCGAUACGUGGCGCACCUCGGGCUUCUCGUGCCCGAGGGGGUAGAGAUGCGCGCGGGCAACGAGUCUCGGCGGUUCGUGGAGGGUGAGCUCCUGCUGUUGGACGACUCCUUCUUGCACAGCGUGCAACACGGCGGCGUCGGGCCGCGGGUCACGCUCUUCGUGAAUUUCUUCCACCCCAAGGCGAGGCCUGUGACCCACGCGGAGUGGCUGAGAUGAGCGCGGAGCGCGCUGUCAAAUGGGGAGGAGGAAACUGUGCAGAUACCGCUACACUUCGACCGAGGUAUAGGAUCGAGGUCGGUUCGGGGAGGGUACCUUAGUGUUCUUCGUGCCUGUUGGAUGUUCUUGUGCAUCCUGGGGAGGGCACCCUUGGAUGUUCUGCGUGUUUUGGGCGGCGGAGGGUCUCGUGCUCUUGAGGGAUGUUUUUGUGGCCCAGGUCCCGCUCUACCCUUCCCUCAUCUUCCCCUUCCUGUGGCCUCCUGGGAGGUCUUCGUCGCCACCGCUGGGCUCGCAUCGGCGUGCUGGUCGGGGCGCACCCCGGGAGAGGCCCUGGCAGCAGAGGUGGCAGUAUUUCUUGGCCCACCCCGGGGCGCGGCGCUCCCCAUUCGAGCGGCAGGGAACGAGUGCGGGC